UACUGUUUGUUGCCUGGUACAGAUCUCAGCGUCACGUGUUAGAGACUCUGCGACAGCAGGAAGCGUACACAUAAUGCGCAGUAGUGUCAACAGCAGGUUUUCCAAUUUUAAAUAACUAUAAGGCAUCUUAACUUAAAAUGGUCUCUCUUGCUUUACCUCUUACCGAUCACUAUGACGAUGUUAACUGGUGUGCCUUUUCUAAUGACUUCUUUGCAUCCUGCUCAUUGGACAAAACAAUUCGUCUUUAUUCAGUCAAAGACUUCUCUGAGUUGCCAUUCUCCCCAUUAAGGGGCCAUGCCUAUGCAGUACACAGUUGUUGUUUUGACUCAUCUGGCAAGUUCUUGGCUUCCUGCUCAACUGAUGGAGUGACCCUACUCUGGAGUCUGGAAACAGGAGAGACGGUGGCAGUCCUAGUACAUCCCGGUCGGAACCCUGUUAGGAUAUGUACUUUUUCUCCUGACUCUUCAUAUCUGGUAUCUGGAUCAGCUGAUGGAACUGUGGCAUUGUGGGAUAUGCACUCAAGAAAGCUUUGCAGAAAAGCAUCCGUUAAAGAAGGCUCAGUUUCAGCAUGUUCCUUUGCAGCAUGUGGUCAGAUGUUUGUAACUGGAUCUACCUAUGGAGACCUUGUUGCCUGGGACUACCAAAUGAAGAUUCUUUACACUGUGAAAACAGCCCAUGACCUUGGAGUGACAUGUUGUCAUUUCUCUCCCCAGAUGUGUAGAAAUUCUGGUAUGGAGAACAAUGUUUCUGAUUUACAUCUGGCUUCAUGUGGUCAAGAUAGUACUGUCAAAAUCUGGAUUGUGUCACAGGAUAGACAUUCAGGUUGCAAAUUUCAGCUUCGUCGCACCCUGAAUAACCAAAGUGCCCCUGUGUUGUCCUGUGCCUUUUCAUCUGAUGGAAAGUGGCUUGUGUCUGGCUCAGUUGAUAAAACAGUGGUAAUUUAUGAUGUGGUUGAAGGAAUUACACUUCAUACAUUAAUCCACCAUGACAGGCAUGUCACAACGUGUGCUUUUUCUCCGAACCUGCCUUUACUUGCUACUGGAUCAAUGGAUAAGACAGUGAAGAUCUGGAAAAUUAAUAAUGGAGAUAGUUCUGAUGCUGAUCUUCAGGUUUCUUCAUAUUUAGACAGAAAGCUGUUAUGUAGAUCUAAGCCCUGCUUUAAACAGUGGACAGAAGACGAAGUGCUUUCCUGGCUACGUGCAGAAGGCUUGAAUGAAGUGAUUGGCACCUUUAAAGCAAACAAUAUAGAUGGCGCAGCACUCCUGAAUUUAAACAGAGAACAUCUUGCAAUGGAUCUUAAAAUAGAAUCCCUGGGACUCCGGAACAAAAUCAUUCAGAAGAUAGAUGAGCUGAGGAUGACACUAGAUUCGUAUUUCAAACAAAUGCCUGAAGAAUUUUUGUGUCCAAUAACACACGAAAUUAUGAAAGAUCCAGUUAUUGCUUCAGAUGGCUUUUCUUACGAGAGGACGGCUAUUGAAAGUUGGAUCAAAACUAAGAAACACUCGAGCCCCAUGACAAAUUUAUCUCUGCUGGAAACUUCUGUGGUUCCUAAUAGGACACUAAAGAUGGCCAUCGAUAGCUGGCUUGAGAGCCAAUCACUGCCCACUCCAUCAGGCACCGCCGCUAAGCUUAGCUGAGGGUUGAGUGCACACCGAGCCGGACUCGGCUCUAUGCGAAUGUGGGAGUCUUAAAGCACUUCAGGGUUCUUACUCUAGCGAAAUGUUGUUAUUGCCACUUUCGUUUUGUUAUCACUUUGUACUGUUGUCAUAAAAUUAGUUCUGAAAAGGUAAGGACCACAAUGGCAGGGGCGCAAUCAGGAGUGAUGAUUAUGCAGUAGGCUCGCAGUAGUCGUAAAUUUACACAAUUGCUUUAUGAAUGGAAUACUCUACACUAUUCAUGCGAUAGGGACACUUAUAGUGACAAAGACAAAGGCGCCAAUGAAGGAAAUCAACGGACUAAACAUAUGAUUAGCAUCGCAAUUCAUGGAGCAAAGUAAGAAAAGGCUAAAUGUAAAGCCACAGGGCAUGAAAGAGGGUCUUAAUGUCUCAAGAUUCUGCGAGUCUUAAAUGUCCGAAUUCUGAAUUUAAAUGUGCUGACGUGAAUUACCAAUUAAAUGCAUUUUCCAAUUUUAGAGAACAUUCUUCAGUCAGUCUUUAUAUAUUGUAUAUUUUUCCUUGGAUUAACAUAUGUGGCCUGUCGUACGUUGUCUUUGUCCAGCAACCGUUGAUCGUUUGAUUUUUAAUCUCACAGUUAAAGCCCCACGGGUACCUAAUGUAGCACUUGAGAAUAACGUCGUCUGCUAUUUGAGUUUCUGUUUGUAGCUCUUCUUGUAUCGUAUUAUUGGACUCCAAUAAAUGAGUGAAUUCAAAA